AUGACGCGGUCGACGUACCGUGUGCUCCUGAGGGCGCCGCAAGCGGCAAUCUAUGAGCGACUCGGGAGCUGUUUGGCGUCAUCCUGCGCUGCCCAGGGCGCCUCGUUGUCUUCCGCGCCCCACGCCGCUGCGGUGCCGAUGGCCAACCGUCGGAUGCUGUCAAUCCGCGCCUGGAGUAGGGUUCAUUCCUGGGUCGCGAGCAGUCGGCCUACCGCGUCGAUCCCAGGCUUCCCGAGCCCGGCGCAGGGGCGCGGCAUCAAAACGCGCGCGCUGGACCUCAAGAAGGGAUCCGUGUUCGUCGACAACGGCACGAUGUACAUCGUGGCUUCAACCACGCACAAGAAGGGCCAGGCGCGACAGAAGGGCAACGUCGAGCUCGCCCUCAAGGAGAUCAAGACCGGGACCAAGGCCUCGCGCACCUUCUCCUCCUCUGACUCGGUGGAGGAGGUGGACGUGCCCGUGGAGCCGCACACGAUCCUGUACGUGGACGGCGAGGGCGUGCACGCCAUGCACGAGGAGACCUUCGAGCAGCUAGCGCCCCUGGACGGGGACCUCUUCGGGCCGCUCCUCCCGCUGAUGACGGACGGCGUCCGCGUCGGGCUGCGGAUGCACGACGGGGUGCCGGUCGGGGUCGUGCCGCCCGACAUCGUCACCGCGGAGGUCGAUACGGUGCCGCCCACAUCGACCGGGUCCUCGGUGGACAAGGCGGCGAAGCGUGUGCGGCUCGUGGGCGGCCACGAGCUGUCCGUGCCUGACUACAUCGCCCCCGGGGACAAGAUCGUCGUGCGCACGUCCGACCUGGCGUACAGCAGGCGGGCAAACGAGGACAAGAAGCGGUCGACGUGA